AUGCGUCGUUUGCUCUCUCUCGUUUGCUCUCUCUCUCUCUCUCUCUUUCUCUUCUCUCCCUCUCGUCUCUCUCAACUGGACCACCAUGAAACCCGCAAACACAACAACAACAACAAGGCGGACAGCAUAAACCAUUCGCCUGCCAAUUGUCAGAUGAAAAUCAAUGCUAGUCUGGACCACUUGGUAGCGGCGCUCGCGCGUCGAAGCCACCGCCACAAAAACAGAACCCCCAUCCGAACCCAGCUACCAACUGUCAUCAAGCCCAAGACGCCUCUACAGAUUGAUCUUUUUCUCUUCCUGCCCGACUUUGGCUUGGAUCACUGCCACACUCUCUCUCCCUCUCCCUCUCUCUCUCCCUCUCUCUCUCCCUCUCUCCCUCUCUCUCUCUCGCCGUCAUUCACACCAAUCGGCAUGACCAGCCUCUUUGAUCGUGCCACGAGCUGCCUCAAGGCCCUGCCUGCGAGCAGUUUGCCUGCCCAUGCCCCAGAAGCGCAUGACGGCACCGACGUGGCAGCCGCUUACAAACAGGGUCUCAAGACGGCACACACCCUACAAGGCAGUGACCUCUGUGACCUGCUUGGUGUCAACCCUUGCCAGGGCCUCUCCAAAACCGUGGCCAAUGCCCGCCUGGACAAAUAUGGCCUCAACGAACUCGCCCCCCUUCAGAGCACCCUCCUUGGCUUACAAUCCUGGUCUCAGAAACGCUAUAGUCGCCCCGCCUUGGUCCUCCGCGAGGGCCGCUUUGCCGAGGUCAAGGCUGAACACCUCGUCGUUGGCGACAUCAUUUACGUCGAGCAAGGUCAAGACCUGCCUGCCGAUGUGCGCAUCCUCUACGCCCAGCCUACCGAAACGCCCACCUACAGUCUAGACAGUCAAGGCGCUUGGCUCGAAUCCCGCAAGCCGAGUCCGCCCGUGCUCGAUGCCUUUGUCCCAUGCAACAUUCCCCCCUUUGCUGCUCAACACGAUGUCUCGCCCAGCCAGGCCUUUGAUAAGGCCAACAACAUGGGCUUUCGAGGUGCCUCCGUCGUUCAGGGCAGCCUCAUUGGAGCUGUCACAGCCGUAGGCCAUCAAUGCCUGAUUAGCAAGCUCAAAGUCUCGCCCCUGAAAGAUGGUCAGCCCCCUCGAGUCACGCAACGAGUGGACAAGAAAAAGCUGCAAAAAGUCGCUCUCAAGGUCGAGUCCUUGGGUCUACGUGUCAAGCACUUUGAAACCUACCAACCCCUCUGUGGCAUGCGCAAUGUCACCGUUAUCAUCUCCGUGAGCCAGAGCAUCGCCGCCGAACUCAACCCAGCCCUGACCAAGCUCGUCAUGCAGGGCUUUCGCAUCAUCCUCGCCUUCUGCGGUGAUGCCAAGUCAGACGUCGUGCGCCAGCUGCCCAACCCAGCCAUCGGCUCGCCCAUUGACUUGGAUCGCGUUUACGAUUUUAGCGUGACGGCGGCCAUCAACGAGUUUGUGGCCCAUGCCGCCACAGAGUCUGCCAUGCUAACUGUCGCGACCUCUGAAACCAUCAAGGACGUUGUCAUUGCGGCCAGCGAGCACUUCAACAAUGAACCUGUCGUUCUUUUCUCCGAUCGCAUCGAAGAUGCACCCGCCCUGACACGAGCCACGCUUGGUGUUUGCUCUUGGCUGGCACCGGCCACCGUCCUUCAGGUGCCGGGCCUUGAACGCAAGUGUCUGCAGACCUUGCCCUCAUCCUCGGGCAAUGCAGACAAAUUGGUCGUGGGUGACCGAGAUGGCUCCGUUGGCGUUUUCGCCCUCAAGAAGGGUGUCCCUCAGCCCGUCUUCAAGACCAUUGGUGGAACGCCCAUUGAUAGCGUUGUUCUAUACAAGGAACGCAUUUUUGUGGCGGCCAACACCGAAGUGCGAGGAUACAGCAAGAAAGGCAAAAACUUUUUCAACAUUUCCACCUUCAUGGCCGAGCGCAUUCGUCACAUGUGUAUCCGGGACAAGACGUUGCAGCUCGCUGGAGAGCACGUCUAUUCCCAUUAUAUCGACAACAUUGAUACCCACCAGUACAUGUGUAUGGAGACCAUCCUAGACAUGGUCACGGACAACCGAUGCACACUGACAAUCAGCCUGCAGGAAGUCCCUUCUGCGUUGGCAUCUUGCACCGGCACCACACGAGGUGACUCGGAUGGGCGACUUCUUUUCGGUACCCAGCAGGGUUCCUUUGGCCUGAUUCAGCUUGGCGCAAAUGGCUUUCAGUACAUCUGGAUGGUUGAGGCGGAUGGCGAGGAUGCAGCCGUCAGUGCCAUCGCCGCCUAUGACGUCUCUGGUGACAGUGUGGAAGAGAUUCUGGUGGGACGGCUCGACGGCACCGUCCAAGUUUACGCCUUCAACUCCCAGCACCCCGAGGACCCACCUGAAGAAGUCUACAUCAUGAAAUUCAAUUCAGGCAUUGCUUCCAUCUGUGGCGCCAAAGCGACGUCCCGCCAUCAUGCGGAGGUCGUUGUGGGCACCUUCAAUGGUCAGAUUUUGGGUCUGACCACCGAUCCAGCCGCAGAAAGUUAUGCCACUGCCCUGCAAGGCGAUGCCACUGUGGCGGGAGGCGAGCAAUCUGUCGCCCGGUUGGAAAAGUCCAUUGCAUUGCUUGAGCAACAGCUUGCUGCUGCGCAAAGCAAGGGCACAGCCGCCACCUUGAUGGAGCAAUUGGAAGUCCGCCACUCGUUUGACUUGCGCGCCCGCGAGGCGAGCUACGUCUUGUCGCUUGAAGCACCGGUGGCCAUUAAGAUGGUGAUCUUAACGUGCGAUGUGGCCGUGGAUUUGCUGGACGCCAAGACCAAUGCGGCUGUGGCCACCUUUACCCUCAACCAAGCUACGCGUGGAGUCAACGCUGCCUAUCGAUUCCAAAGCAAUACAUCCCAGCUCAACUUGAAGGUUUUUGUUGUUCUUGACAUUCCCAUGACCAUGGCGCGAUCCUUCUCCUAUCCCAUCCGUGCGCUUGCCCUUCACGAGCGCACCAACAAUCCGAUUGAUGAGAACCGACCAUUGAGCACCUUGAACCUCAAAGGCAGCUUUGACGUGCAUCAAGCCAUGGCUUGGCUGGGCAGGUGUCUACCUGGCAUUAAUGCGGCCGAGUCCGCGCAAAAGGCCUGCCUUCAGUUUGAGUCAUCAUAUCUUGGUACACAAUUGGAGUUGGAUGUGAGUGAUGGCUCACUCAAGGCGCGCGCUGACAACUGGUCCACUCUCUGCAUUGUCCGUGAUGUGGUGUUACGCGCCGCGACGGAAAGCAAUGCGCGCAUCGAAUUUAGCGCGGAUUGCCAUCCAGAAGCAGCGCUGUACAUCAUCACGCUACUGGAGCCCAUGCUGCGGGAACAGCUGGAAUUGACAAAGAAGAUUGAGAUUCUACAAGCGCUCAAAGAGCUGGAAACGCAAGAGGGCAAGGCCGAGGCCUUGACGCCCGACUAUGAGCAGAUUCUUGUGCACGCGGCUGAAUUGACGGCCGCAUUCGAAGCCCACCCCAGUCAUCUGGAACGUCUAUAUGGCAUUAUUACGGACUUGUACAUUGAUUUGGCCAAGGCUCAGGGUAUCAACGGCAAGCCUCAUAUUCCCCGAGUGAUUGAUGCUCUCAACGAUGAAAACUUUGACAUGUUGGUUGAUAUGUUUCACCAACUGAACAGUGCUGCUUAA